UAACGUUCACAAACUGCACGUGGUCGAUAAGCGUUCUUAACCUCUUACUUGUUAUUGUCUCGCCAACUGUGUGAACAAAACAAACCAUCUUAAUUUGUAUAAGAUGACUGAAGAAGGUGUUGAAGCUGAUUGCGUCUUGCGACCAAUAAACUGUGAAAUUAAUUUAUUGUCAAGAUCUGACGGCUCUGCAAUGUUCAUGCAAGGUGACACUACUAUUAUUGUGGGUGUAAACGGGCCCAUGGAGGCAAAAACCCAAAAGAUGUUGUACGACAGACUUUCUGUAGAAGUUACGUACACACCUACCAAGGGGCCAGCUAAGGUGGAUGACAGAUUAGUUGAGGCAUACAUAAGAGAGACUUGUGAGUCUGCUAUAAUGACUACACUACAUCCUAGUAGCGCUAUAUGCAUCAAUUUACAAGAAGUACAAGAAUGCGGUGGGCUGUUAGCUUGCGCAAUUAAUGCAUCAUGUCUGGCAUUGAUGAAUACAGGGCUUACCAUGAAGUAUGCUAUAGCAGCUGUAAGUUGCAUGAUUGAGAAAGAAACAGAAGAAACUAUCAUUGAUCCUGACAGCACACAGUUACAGAACGCAAAGUCGGCAUUUACAUUUGCGUUUGACAGUAUUAAGAAGGAUAUCGUAUGCUGCCAUACCGUCGGUAGGUUCACGCAAAGCGAACUUUUAGCUUCCAUGGAUAAGUGUAGGCAAGUCAGCCAGUAUGUGUUUGACUAUUACAGAGAAGUUACAAAAAAAUAUGCAAAUACAAUUUAAUUAUUUUUUUUUUCAUUUCAAUAUUGUGUUCAUUAUAUUAUCAGUCAAGAAUGUUACAACUCCUCUAUAAAGCCAAUUCCUGUCUCUCUUUUUCUCUUUCCGCUCAGUCACACACGUACACACACACACACGCACACACACAUUGUGAGUUGUAUAUUAUAAAAUUAAUAUUCAAUUUUAUCAUUCGAUGUGUAUUGUGUUACGCUCAUUCUCACACACGUUCGGAAAUCAGAUACACACAUUUAUAAAAGACUCAAACAUUUAAUAAGUUCAUAUUUACUGCGUGUUAAAAAUAAUCGUGAUCUCGCGGUCUCGGAUUUGUCACACGGAUUCAAAUCCAUACUAGGCCUUUCCGUAGAGGUCAAAUUUUUUUUUCUCGCCAAGAUAUUAAUAUCAAAACUAAUAUGUAAAACUAUUGCCAUCUUGUAGCUUAUCGAGAAAAUAAAUGUUCACGAUGAA